CACCUACAAAUCUUCUUCUCUCUCUCUCUCUUUCCCUUCUUCUGUCACAGAUAUUGACAAAAACAAAAAGAAUGAGUCAAUCAAAUCGUGUCAGAGACGAAGUUACAACACCUUUACUCCAAAAAAGCUCUCAUCUCAAAAAUCACUCCUCUGUUUUCAUAAAUGAAGCAAUCUCAAUCGGCAAAAUCUCUUACCCAUUGGUCCUCACAGGUCUCUUCCUCUACGUUCGCUCCUUCGUCUCUCUGUCUUUCCUCGGCGGUCUCGGGGACGCCACUCUCGCCGGUGGCUCCCUCGCCGCCGCAUUCGCAAACAUCACCGGAUAUUCUCUUUUCUCCGGUUUAACCAUGGGUGUUGAAUCUAUUUGCUCUCAAGCCUUUGGAGCUAGACGCUAUAACUACGUCCGCGCGACUAUCAAGAGAGGAAUCAUCCUCCUCCUCGUCACUUCUCUCCCUGUUACACUUCUUUGGAUGAAUAUGGAGAAGAUUCUUUUAAUCUUGAAACAGGACAAGAAGCUCGCGUCGGAAGCACACAUCUUUUUGCUUUACUCUGUUCCAGAUCUUGUUGCUCAAUCUUUCUUACACCCAUUAAGAGUUUAUCUUCGGACACAGUCAAAGACUCUUCCUUUAUCAAUCUGCACAGUGAUCGCCAGUUUUCUUCACUUGCCAAUCACGUUCUUCUUUGUAAGUUAUCUUGGUUUGGGGAUUAAAGGCAUCGCCUUGAGUGGUGUUGUGUCUAAUUUCAACCUUGUCGCCUUUCUCUUCCUCUACAUUUGUUUCUUCGAAGACAAGCUAAGUAUCAACGAGGAGGAGAAGAUAACAGAGGAGACAAAUGAAGAUAGUGUGAGAGAAUGGAAGAAAUUACUCUGUCUCGCGAUACCAAGUUGUAUAUCGGUUUGUCUAGAGUGGUGGUGCUAUGAGAUUAUGAUUUUGCUUUGUGGAUUUCUCUUAGACCCUAAAGCAAGUGUUGCUUCAAUGGGAAUUCUCAUCCAAAUCACUUCCCUUGUUUACAUUUUCCCUCAUUCCUUGAGUUUAGGAGUCUCGACUCGGGUCGGAAACGAGCUUGGUUCGAACCAGCCAAAGAAAGCGAGAAGAGCCGCCAUUGUUGGACUUGGCCUCAGCAUCGCCCUCGGGUUUACAGCUUUUAUGUUUACUGUCUCUGUCAGAAACACAUGGGCAAUGUUUUUCACCGAUGACAAAGAAAUCAUGAAGUUGACUGCCAUGGCUCUGCCAAUCGUUGGCCUUUGCGAGCUCGGGAACUGCCCGCAAACUACCGGAUGCGGUGUUCUUAGAGGCUCUGCGAGGCCGAAGAUCGGAGCUAAUAUUAAUGGAGUGGCGUUUUAUGUGGUCGGCAUUCCGGUUGGAGCUGUUAUGGCGUUUUGGUUUGGGUUCGGAUUCAAGGGACUUUGGCUUGGGAUGCUCGCGGCGCAGAUCACGUGUGUGAUUGGCAUGAUGGCGGCGACGUGUAGGACCGAUUGGGAACUGGAGGCGGAAAGGGCUAAGGAGCUCACAACAGCUGUGGAUUGUGGCAGCAGCGACGACAAGGAGGAUGUGGAGGCUGGGAUGGUUGAUAAUUAGGGAGGAAUGAAUCAUGGUUGGUCUUUAACAAAAAAAAACAAAAUUGACUUUCUUUUGAAUUAAUUUAUAACUUUUUUCUUUAUUUAGAAGGGAAUCGUUGGAUGAUUAAUGUAAAUUUUGUAGUGUAAUGAUAACACAAUUCAGAGAUUCGUAGUUGUAUUCAAGGUUUAUAAAUUCAUAAGUUCAAAUUUUGCUCAAA